AUGCGGCGCGGUCUCUUGAUCUUUAUCCUCGUCAACCUCCUCAUCCUCUCCUUGCUCGUCCGAAGUGUCUCGACACUUCUAGCGCUACUAUUCGAGGAUGCCGCUGCCGACGCGAUUCACCGCGCAGAGCUGCCCUCACCGAAUUCCAGCUUGAUCGAGCAACGCCCCCAAAUCAUUCCAAAGAUCAUUCACCAAACAUACAAGAAUGAGACUAUUCCAGAGGUCUGGAGGGAAGCCCAACAGAGUUGUAUUGAUUUGCACCCCGAUUAUGAGUAUAUUCUAUGGACAAACGAGAAGUCGCGAGACUUUAUCGCUGCCGAAUACCCCUGGUUCUUGGACACCUUUGAUGGCUAUAGUUAUCCUAUCCAACGCGCGGAUACUAUUCGAUACUUUAUUCUUGCACACUUCGGUGGAACAUACAUUGACCUCGACGAUGGCUGCAACCGUCGCCUGGAUCCUCUCAACGCUUAUCCCGCCUGGGUACGCCGCACUGCACCCACCGGUAUCUCCAAUGAUGCCAUGGGUUCCGUACCACAACACCCCUUCUUCCUCCGUACGAUUGAAGUGCUACAACAGUAUGAUCGCCACUGGCUCCUCCCAUAUAUCACCGUCAUGUACUCGACUGGACCGCUGUUCCUCUCUGUCAUCUGGAAAGAGUACAUGCGCGAAGGGCCGAGCGAGGCUGGGCGCGUGCGCAUCCUCAUGCAGGAUGAAUACAAUAAGUUUUCUUGGAGUUUCUUCACCCAUCACCGGGGUAACAGCUGGCAUGGAAAGGAUGCGCGCUUGAUCUUCUGGAUGGGUCAACACUGGGUUUUCCUCACGAUCUGCGGCUUCCUCCUCGCUGGAGUAGUUGGAUUCUGCCUCUGGUGGAGCUACGGACGUGUCAUGCUACUGGGAGCCAAGUACCGCUACCGCUACGCCAAAGUGCCAAACAUCAUCAACCCGUCGCGACUCUCCGCAUCGCCAACCCGACGCUCGCGACUCUCGGUCCCGACGCUUUUGCGACGUGUCAGCUUCAAAGAAGAUGAAGAGUCAGGCAAGGUUACGGAGACCUCGUACGAACUCGGACGUCGCGAUGACUAG